UUGAGGCGGCAUGUGCCACGAGUGUUUCAGUGGUGUCCGUGUAGGCUCGUUAAAUGACAUAAACAAUAACCCAAUUCCUCCGCCAAUAUUUGCAGUCGAUUAGAUACCUAUAAUCCAGUGCAACUCAUAAAAUUAGCAUUUUACAAUGCAGACUCCGAUCUACCUCCUCGUGGCUAAUAGUGGAAAAGGAUGUGUGGGAUGGACGUAAUAACAAGUACUCAUGAAACAUUGAAUAACUAACCGUGUUUAAAUUAUGUGCUAUUCCUGUUUUCUCUAAAAACUAGCCAUGCCUAAAAAUACGCUAUGUGACUUGGAUGAUUUCCGCAACCAGUACAAGAACAUACACGGGUAUCUGAGCCUAACAGUGUGUAUAUUUGGUUCCAUAACGAACAUCCUCAACAUUUGCGUACUUAGGACUAAACAAAUGCGGUCGCCUACCAAUUUCAUUCUGAUAGGAUUAGCAGUGGCGGAUCUACUAGUAAUGAUACUGUACAUCCCAUUUACUGUGCAUCGGAAUAUAGACCCAAGAAGGAGGCUCGUGCAACAUUUUUCUUACCCCUGGGCCUGCUUUCAUAAGUUCCACGCCUUCAGCACCAUAGUGUUGCACUCAAUCGCAUGCUUCCUGACUAUAGUCUUGGCGAUUUGGAGGUAUAUUUUUGUAUCUAAAGUGAGCUCGCAUGGGGUUUGCUCGAAUUUAAAGUACACGGUGAUAGUAAUAGUACUUACUUACGUAAUUUCUCCUCUGAUUUGCUUGCCUUUGUUGUCAACCUUCGAGAUAAUCUCGUACAACCACACUUGUAAGCUUAACGGUGAAUGGGUUCUAGAAAAGGACAUUCGUUUGUACGACAACAAAAGCCUAACUAAGAGAACGAUGUAUAUAACGAAUUUAAAUGACCCACAAAACCUAAGUAUCUGGCUGUAUGGUGUUUGUUUGAGAUUUGUGCCUUGUAUUCUACUUACGAUUCUUACAUAUAAGAUUAUUACGGCCUUAUUGGAGACUAGGAGAAGGAGAAUGAAACUGCUCGCCUCGAGUAAUCCGUUGGAGGAGAUGGGUGGGAAGAACAAACAGAACACUAUCCAGUUGUACAAGGAAAACCAAGCGGAUAGGACCACGAGGAUGCUUUUAGCAGUCCUCCUGCUUUUUUUGAUCACGGAAAUACCCCAGGUGGUGAUUGGAUUUGGACAAAUAGGAGCGUUGUUUGGGGAAAUGUUCCUCGCGGAGUGUUACAAAAAUUUAGGUGAGUAUAUGCAGCAGACAUACGGUUGGUCGCAGUAG